AUGGCAGAAAAUCAUAAUAAUAUUAAUAAUAAUCAAAAUAAUAAUAAUUUAAAUAAUUUAUUAAACAGAGCAUCAAGAGUAUUAACACCAAAACCAAAUUGUCCCAAAGAAGAAUCAGAAUUGGAAUAUGUUAAACUUUUACAACAACAAAUUGAAAAGAAUGCAAAAGAUGCCAAAAGAUUCAAGAUCAUCUUGGGUGUUUUAGCUGUGGCACUAGGACUAGUUGUAUUUAAUGCAACGGUACAAUCAUAUGCCUUUCAAACGUACAGAGUCUCUCAAAACUUUUUCAACCAAGCUUGUGAAGGAACCUUUUCAGAGUACCAAAAAGAGUGUGUCCAUGUACUAUCAAAUGUCAAAUCACAUUGUCUUGGAUUGGAAUCAAAGCUGAAUCAAUUCCCAAAAAUCACCAAAGAAGCAACAGUCACUAUUAAAUAUGAAAUCUCAAAAGGACACUAUAAAGAAACGGAUAUUACCUAUGCCUAUUUAGGUAUGGAUGCACUCCAUGAAGCUUCCAAACAAUGUGUCUAUGAAUCCACUAUCAGAGCUUUAUACCUAUCAAAGUAUUCACCAUCAAAUGGUUUUACAUUAGAACAAGCCAUUCAAUUAUACCUUUAUGAUAAAAAAAAGAGAGAGAGAGAGAGAGAGAUAAAUCUAGAAAAGAUGAUAUCAAGAUUAAUUAAUAAGAAUAUUGUAGCAACAUCAAUUUCAAGAUGUACCACCUCUUUAGUAUCAACACAAUCAUCAUCAUCAUCGAUCACUUCAAAGAGACAUUUCUUUAAUAUAGUUCCUGAUCCAAGUAUGGGUUUAAGUGAAGAACAAAAAGAGUUUCAACAAAUGGCAUUAACCUUUGCCAAUGAACAAAUGUUACCUCAUGCAGCUCAAUGGGACAAAGAAGAGUUCUUCCCAAAGGAUGUAUUGAAAAAGGCUGCUGAAUUGGGUUUCGGUGGUGUAUAUGUAAAGGAUGAUGUAGGUGGUACUGGUCUAUCAAGAGUUGAUGCUACUAUCAUCUUUGAAGCUUUAUCAUCUGCUGAUGUUAGUACUACUGCUUAUUUAAGUAUUCACAAUAUGUGUGCAGGAUUAAUUGAUAUAUAUGGAAAUGAAGAACAAAGAAACAAAUUUUUACCAUCACUUACAUCGAUGGAUUUAUUUGCAUCAUAUUGUUUGACAGAACCAGGUGCAGGUAGUGAUGCAGCAUCAUUAAUGACAACUGCCGUCAAGAGUGGUGAUCAUUACAUUCUCAAUGGUUCAAAGGCAUUCAUUAGUGGUGGUGGUGAUAGUGAUGUAUAUAUGGUGAUGGUUCGUACUGGUGACAAGGGUGCUAAAGGUAUCUCUUGUUUGUUGGUUGAAAAGGAUACACCGGGUCUUUCAUUUGGCAAAAAAGAGGAAAAGUUGGGUUGGAACACUCAACCAACACGUGCACUCAUCUUUGAAGAUUGUCGUGUCCCCAUCGCCAACCUCAUUGGAAAGGAAGGUCAAGGAUUCAAUAUUGCCAUGAAUGCAUUGAAUGGUGGUCGUCUCAAUAUUGGUGCAUGCAGUCUUGGUGGUGCUCAAGCCUGUCUAGUAUCAGCUCGUGAUCAUCUCAAAGUACGUCAACAAUUUGGCAAACCACUUUCACAAUUCCAAAGUCUACAAUUCCAAUUGGCAGAUCUUGCCACCAAACUAUAUGCCUCACGUCUUAUGAUUCGUCAAGGCGCUAAAAUGCUCGAUGACAAGGACCCAUCUGCAUCGGUCUAUAUUGCCAUGGCCAAACUCUUUGCAUGCGACAAUUGUUUUGACAUUUGCGACGGUGCCCUUCAAAUGCACGGUGGUUAUGGUUAUCUCAAAGAUUAUCCAGUCGAAAGAUAUCUUCGUGAUCUUCGUGUACAUCGUAUCCUUGAAGGUUCUGAUGCUGUCAUGAGAAUCAUUACUUCUCGUGAAAUGUUAAAAGAUCAUUAA